AUGCCCUUCGACUUCAGCUUCCCAUCUGCCUCUAUUGAGCGCACAAGCCCUCCUCCCAUGUCAACUCUGCCCUUUGACCAAGCCUUUCUCGACAUGGCCUAUGCUUCAGCUUCAGCUACUGCUGCUGGUCAUAUCUCUGGUCACUCUCGCUCAUCAUCAAAGGCUUCAGUCUACUCUGCCAUCUCAGCCGAGUCAGACCAUGAAUCUCUCUGCUCCCGUCUCACAACGCCUCCUCGUGCUUCACCAGCUGUUCGCCAGCAUGGCCCUCUUCUCCUGCCAAAGAUUCGCUCUCAAGACCAGGAUAUUGAUGCCACCCCUUGCCACUAUCGCAUGACUACUCCUCCUGCUCCUAACCCUGCUCGUCACUCAAGGAGCUACACCAACCCCGAGUCUCUUACCAUCGCCUUUGACACUCCUGGCUCAGUCAACACAAGCUUCUCCAGCCAGCCUGACGACACUCUGUCUGCGUCACUCCUGGCAUCUCCGGCCGACUUUGCCACUCGCAUCUCUGCCUCUCACUCACGCCGUGCUUCCAGCCUCGACGUCUCCACAAUCGAUCGUUAUGGCUACCCUACCUAUCGUCAGAUGCCCUCGUUCGUUCCCGUCCCCCAGCACCAGCAACAGCAACAAUCUGACUACGGCUUCUACGACUACAGCCCUCGUGCUCAGUCUCCUCUGAGCCUCACUGCCACUCCGGACCCUACUCCCAAUACCAACCUUCUGAGCUUCCUCACCUCUUCCAACCCAGCUGCUUCUCUGGUCCGCCAUAUCUCGUUCCCGGUGCGAGAUGCUGCCACUAAGCACUUUUGGUGGGAUGUUCGCAACAUUCGCUCUUGGUCCUCUUUCAACGCAUCUACCAUCCUUUCUCUUCCCGGUGCCUCUCUUCUUCUUACGAACCCUGUUCCCGCUCCUCUGCUCCCCCAGCCUACUUUCGCAUCUCGUCACCCCGAGACUGAGACUCAGCUUCACUCCAUCUACGCGUCGUACUAUCUCCCCAAGCUGAACUCGGCUUUGGCCAUGUCGUCAACUCGCCCUCUUCACCUCUCAGUGCCCCCCAAGACUGCUGGCAUGAACGAUCUCCUCUUUGUCGCCAACGCUGCCGGGGAGUCUGCUACUGCCGCUGCCAUGUUUGGUGGCAAGCCCACUGCCCGAGUUGUUGGUAUUGUCCGCAGCUUCGACCGCUUCAACACUGGCAUGCGAGUUGAGGGCAACAUCAAGCGUGUUGAGUAUCUCCGUGGCCUCUCAGCUAUCCACCACGCCAUGCGAGAGCACGGGUGCCGCUAUGGGUUCAUCCUCACCGAGAUUGAGCUUGUGCUUGUCCGCAACGGCACUACCAACACUCCCUUCUUCGGCGAUCUCGAGGUUACAUCAGUCCAGCUCGCUGCCUCUGCCCCUGAAGGCGACGCUUCGACCCUUCCCCACGAGACUCCGCUCACUGCAUGCCUCGCCCUCUGGGGUCUCUGCCAACUUGCUGCCGACGACACACCCGCCGGCCAUGCCCACUGGCGUGCUGAGAUCGGUGCACCCGCUGAGGGAACUCGCCGCAAGGCUCAACCCCGUGACUCCUGGAUUCCUCAACCCCAGCUGGCUGAGAAGCGUGAGGCCAAGAGAAGCCGUGGAUGGGUGUGGCCCGAAGACGCCAUCGGCCGCAAGGAGCUUGGAAAGCGAGGUGUUCGAUAUGGAGGAGUCUAA